AUGAGCGAGGAGGGGGCGGGCGGCGGGGCCAGGCGGAGCGGCGGCUUCCCCAGCCCUGUCCCCAGCCUGGAGCAGAUGCUGGCCGCCAACCCCGGGAAGACGCCCAUCAGCCUGCUGCAGGAAUAUGGCACUCGCAUAGGCAAGACCCCCGGCUACGACCUCCUGAAGGCCGAGGGACAAGCCCACCAGCCCAACUUCACCUUCCGUGUCACCGUUGGGGACAUCAGCUGCACCGGGCAGGGGCCCAGCAAGAAGGCGGCGAAGCACAAAGCAGCAGAGGUGGCCCUGAAGCUGCUCAAAGGGGGGGACAUGCUGGAGCCCACCACCCCCGAGGAGCCCAGCUCUCCUUUCCCCCCAGAGCCCCCGGUUGAGCUGGGCCCCGCAGCCGCCCCCCCAGCACCCGCUGUGCCCCCCCCCUCGCCCAGGGGCACCCCCCUGGAGAUGAAGACGCCCGUGUCCCCCCCCCAGUCGGAGUGUAACCCCGUGGGGGCUCUGCAGGAGCUGGUGGUGCAGAAGGGCUGGCGCCUGCCCGAGUACACGGUGACGCAGGAAUCGGGGCCGGCGCAUCGCAAGGAGUUCACCAUGACCUGCCGCGUGGAGCGCUUCGUGGAGAUCGGCAGCGGCACCUCCAAGAAGCUGGCGAAGCGCAACGCGGCCGCCAAGAUGCUGGUGCGGAUCCACAACGUCCCCAUGGAGCCGCGGGAGGGCAGCGAGGCCGAGGUGGAAGAGGACCAGUUCUCCAUGGCGGGCCCCAGGCUGGAGGGGCUGCGGGGCCGAGCGCCCGGCUGCACCUGGGACUCCCUGCGCAACUCGGCGGGCGAAAAAAUCCUGCAGCUGCGGAGUCACCCGCUGGCACCCAUGGGUGCGGGGGCCUGCGCCCUCCUGCAGGAGCUCUCCGAGGAGCAGAGCUUCGCCAUCAGCUACCUCGACAUCGAUGCGUUGAGCCUCAGCGGGCUGCACCAGUGCUUGGUGGAGCUGUCGACGCAGCCGGCCACGGUUUGCCACGGCGCGGCCCCCUCCCGCGACGGCGCCCGCUCCCAGGCCGCCCGCAACGCCCUCCAGUACCUCCGCAUCAUGGCGGGGGGCAAGUGAGCCCCCUGCCCCCCAAACCCCCCCCCCUCCAACACCCGCCCGGACCCACAGACACUCCCGACGGGACCCACUCGCCGACCCAAACCCACCCACGGAUGCCCACCCAGCUCCACUGACGCACCCUGGGGGGCACCCGGACCUGCUGACAGACAGACGGACAGACACGUGGCGCCUCCCCCCGCCCCCCGCACAGACAGACCUCAGGGCCUGGGGGCACCCUCCAUCCUGGGCCCCCCCCCCCCAGGGUGAGGAGGGUCCCCUGGAACCAACUGGCCCCCCCAGGAAUAAAGCUGGGGGGGGUUUGUAAA